CUUUAUGUGCAGUUUUCAGAUGGGGGUGCAUACUCCAAAGCCAAGAUGGAGGAUGCAUAUCGGGCUGUCAGCUCUGAUAAGCCUCAGGCAAAGCCUACAAAAGCCCUCUCCGCCCUGAAAAGGGAUGAUGUAGAUCUCAUUGUCUCCGAGCUUGAGAUUCCUCGACCUCAAGCAGAAAAAAUCCUGAUAGAGAAGGAUGGUGACCUCCGAAAAGCAUUACAUAGCCUGAUU